CACAAUUCAGACAGACUGUCUUCUCUUAUAUCAAUCUUUCAAUCUUCAUAAAACUGUUAUAAUCCUGCUAUCUCAAUCUCUCCUGCCAUUCUCUUCCUUAUCAGCGCUUAUCCCCCGCGUCUUAUCCUCGAUCGACACCUCGAUAGCUUCUUGCUCCGAGUCCACCACAUCUUCCCGUUUUUUUCUUUUUUCUUUUUUCUUCUUCGCACAUGUCCUUCAUAUUCCAUCGAAACGAAUCCUCGAAAUAAAAAAUAACCAACAUGGCGUCUCCUCUUCCUCCCCAUUCUGACGGUCACGUCAAUAAUGACGAUCAUACUCUGCCCACCCGUCAGGGCCCCAAGCUGUUUGCCAGCAACGAUGGAUCACAUUCCGGCACAGGGACCCCUAUGGGUUUCCAGCGUUAUCCUCAGAACAAAAACCUCGAGGCAGCCCUGCAGUCGUCACUGCGCCAACCUUCUCCCCAGCCGACCCAUCUGGGUGUUCCCGGGGGGAAUCAUCGAGUCCUGUCCGAGGAGGACCCUGGAUACAUUGCUGCCAAGUUUGAGGGCAAACAAAAGCAGAUGGAGCAAGUCAUGGACCAAUUAGAAGAAAAGGGCUUCUUCCCAAGCGAUUUUAUCGAUUCGGAAACCAAUUGGUUCUACAACAUGCUGGGAAUCGACGACACCUACUUCCAGACCGAGUCUGUCGAUGUUAUCGUCUCCCAUAUUCUUUCUCUCUACGCAGCCAAGGUAGCUGCCUACGCUCGUGACGACAAGAAGCUCGAGAUCCGCCUUGACAAGGAGGCUGAGGACCAUGCCGUCUACAUCGACACCAGCAGGCCCGGUGUCGCUGCUGUUGACGGUCCCCGUUACGAGCAGCGCAUCGAUAAUAAAUAUGUUAAUGGCUCCACCAAUGACAACAGCUACCGUGUUGAAACCUUCCGCUCUCCUACUCCUCUCCCUGGCGACAACGAGCAACAGCUCCGCUGCUACUUCGUCUACAAGUGCCAAUUCGCCAACCCCAACCCGGAUCACAAUGAGACCAACAUCGAUGUCAUUGGUGAAAAGCGGUUCCUCCAGAAGGCCACUCCCAACACGAAGGCCGUCUACCAAGAUAUUAUCAACAAUGUCGUUGGUCGCUCUGGUCCCGUCAUCGAGAUGUUCGAGAUCGAGGGCAGCCGCGAGAAGCGCCUGGUCAUUGCCUAUCGUCGGGGCUCGGCCAUGGGCUUGUUCAGCGCUCUGUCCGACCUCUACCACUACUACCGUCUGACCAGCUCCCGCAAAUACCUCGAGAACUUCUCCAAUGGUAUCACCAUCAUCUCCCUCUACCUCCGCCCCUCUCAACCGGAAGUGCAAAGCAAGUUCCCGCCCAUUGAGGCCGCCAUCCACCAGAUCAUCAAGGAAGUUUCGCUGCUUUACUGCAUUCCGCAGAACCGCUUCCAGCACCACUUCGCCAGUGGCCGCCUCAGCUUGCAGGAGACUAUCUAUGCUCACUGCGGCUGGGUGUUUGUGCAGCAGUUCCUCAACCGUCUGGGUUCAGAGUACAACUCCCUGUCGGCCCUGCUCGAUUCGAACAACAGCGUCCAUGCCGAAUUGCUGUCCAAGAUUAAGAAGCGUCUGCGUACCGAGACCUUCACUUCCGACUACAUCCUCGAGAUCAUUAACAAGUACCCGGAGCUGAUCCACAAGAUCUACCUUGACUUUGCCAACACCCACUACGUCCAGACCCAGGGUCCCUCUGGAGAUGACUUCCUUCCCACUCUGAGUUACCUGCGACUCCAGGUGGAUGAGGUGCUGGACAGCAACCGGUUGAAGCAGCUGAUCGCCACCACUGCAGCCAACGAGCACGAUGAGAUGGUCAUGACCGCCUUGCGGGUUUUCAACAGCUCCAUUCUCAAGACCAACUUCUUCACCCCCACCAAGGUCGCCCUGAGCUUCCGUCUCAACCCGAACUUCUUGCCCCAGCACGAGUACCCCCAGCCGCUGUACGGUAUGUUCCUCGUUAUCAGUUCCGAGUUCCGCGGAUUCCACCUGCGCUUCCGCGACAUCGCCCGUGGCGGUAUCCGCAUUGUCAAGAGUCGCAACAAGGAGGCCUACAGUAUCAACGCCCGCUCGCUGUUCGACGAGAACUACAACUUGGCCAACACGCAGCAACGCAAGAACAAGGACAUUCCCGAAGGCGGUGCCAAGGGUGUUAUCCUGCUGGACGUCAACCACCAGGACAAGGCAAGCGUGGCCUUUGAAAAGUACAUCGACAGUAUUCUGGACCUGCUUCUGCCGCCCACCAGCCCUGGUAUCAAGGACCCCAUCGUCGACCUGCACGGCAAUGAUGAAAUUUUGUUCAUGGGUCCGGAUGAGAAUACGGCUGAACUGGUCGACUGGGCCACUGAACACGCCAAGAACCGUGGUGCUCCCUGGUGGAAGUCCUUCUUCACGGGCAAGAAUCCCAAGCUGGGUGGUAUUCCCCACGAUACUUACGGUAUGACGACCCUGUCGGUGCGUCAGUACGUGCAGGGCAUCUACCGCAAGUUGAAGAUUGACCCCUCCACGAUCCGGAAACUGCAGACUGGCGGUCCCGAUGGUGACCUGGGAUCUAAUGAAAUUCUGCUGUCCAACGAAAAGUAUACGGCUAUUGUGGACGGCUCUGGAGUUAUUGUCGACCCCAACGGUCUGGAUAUCGGUGAACUCCGUCGCUUGGCCACGAAGCGUGUUACCAUCUCCGAAUUCGACACAUCGAAACUCUCGCCAACCGGCUACCGCGUGUUGGUGGACGAGAGCGACGUUAAGCUUCCCAGUGGCGAGUUGGUCCACAACGGCAUGAUCUUCCGGAACACCUUCCAUCUGCGGACUGAGCAACCGUACGAUAUGUUCGUGCCUUGUGGUGGACGACCCGAAUCGAUUGACUUGGCGACGGUGGGUAAGCUCAUCAAGGACGGCAAAUCGACCUUCCCGUACAUUGUCGAAGGCGCCAACCUGUUCAUCACCCAAGACAGCAAGCUCCGACUGGAGAAGGCUGGCAGUAUCCUAUACAAGGAUGCUUCGGCCAACAAGGGUGGUGUGACCUCGUCAUCGCUGGAAGUGUUGGCGUCGUUGUCUUUUGACGACAAGGAGUUCGUGGAGCACAUGUGCAUCCGCGAGGAUGGCACGGUUCCCGAGUUCUACAAGGCGUACGUCAAGCAGGUGCAGGAGGUCAUCAAGCAGAACGCUACGUUGGAGUUCGAGGCCAUGUGGCGCGAACAUGAACAGACCAAUUUGCUCCGCAGUGUACUGAGUGACCGACUCAGCUUGGCCAUCACCAAGCUGGAUGAAGAGCUGCAGAAGACCGAACUGUGGGACAACGUGGAACUUCGUCGGUCGGUGCUGAGUGAUGCGCUUCCGAAGUUGUUGCUGGACAAGAUUGGCCUUGAGACCAUUCUUGGACGGGUGCCGGAAAAUUAUCUGCGGGCCAUCUUUGGCAGUUACCUGGCGAGUCGGUUCGUGUACGAGUAUGGCAGCAGCCCUAGCCAGUUCUCGUUCUUUGACUUUAUGACCAAGAGAUUGAACCAGUCCAAAGCAUAGAUAAAUAGACGGAUGUAUAAGUAGCAUGUUGCAUGUUUGGUUUGCAGGC